CAGUUGCGGAGCUGGGUCCCAGUUUCUGGGCAGGCUCCUGGGUGGACGUGCCAGCUGGCCGCCUCUGGCUCUGCCGGGUGCAUGCUGGGCCCGGGGCCCCAAGCCACCUGUGAGGUUCUUGCAGAAAGGGGGUCACAACGAGGGACUCCCAGGCCCUGGCUGCCUUGCCUCCCAGGUGGCCUCCAGGACACACUUCUGUUCCGGCUGAGGAACCAGGGGACUGAGGCCCAAGGCGACCACCAGGAUGCUGCAGGGCCUCUUUGCAGCACUGCUGCUCGGGGGGCUGCUGGGGACUCUCCAUGCCCAGCAACAAGAGGCCAUCUCACCCGACAUCACCACCUCUGAGAGGACGAACAGCUGCCCAGAGAAGACCGACUGCCCUGUCAACGUGUACUUCGUACUGGACACCUCGGAGAGUGUGGCCAUGCAGUCACCCACCGACAGCCUGCUCUACCACAUGCAGCAGUUCGUGCCACAGCUCAUCAGCCAGCUGCAGAACGAGUUCUACCUGGACCAGGUGGCGCUCAGCUGGCGCUACGGCGGCCUACAUUUCUCUGACCAGGUGGAGGUCUUCAGCCCUCCAGGCAGUGACCGUGCCUCCUUCACCAAGAGCCUGCAGGGCAUUAGCUCCUUCCGCCGGGGCACCUUUACCGACUGCGCGCUGGCCAACAUGACACAGGAGAUCCGCCGGUCGGGGGCUCGCGGCGUCAACUUUGCCGUGGUCAUCACCGACGGCCACGUCACGGGCAGCCCGUGCGGCGGCAUCAAGCUGCAGGCCGAGCGGGCCCGCGACGAGGGCAUCCGGCUCUUCGCUGUGGCACCGAACCAGAACCUGAAUGAGCAGGGCCUGAGGGACAUCGCCAGUACCCCUCACGAGCUCUACCGCAGCAACUACGCCACCAUGCGGCCGGACUCCACUGACAUCGACCAGGACACCAUCAACCGUAUCAUCAAGGUCAUGAAACACGAAGCCUACGGAGAGUGCUACAAGGUGAGCUGCCUGGAGAUCCCCGGACCACCUGGCCCCAAGGGCUACCGAGGACAGAAGGGUGCCAAGGGCAACAUGGGUGAGCCAGGAGAGCCGGGACAGAAGGGGCGACAGGGAGACCCCGGCAUCGAAGGCCCCAUCGGAUUCCCAGGACCCAAGGGUGUGCCUGGCUUCAAAGGAGAGAAGGGAGAAUUUGGAGCCGACGGAAGGAAGGGGGCCCCCGGGCUGUCAGGCAAGAACGGGACCGACGGACAGAAGGGCAAGCUGGGCCGCAUUGGACCCCCAGGCUGCAAGGGAGACACCGGAGCCCGGGGCCCUGACGGGUACCCAGGAGAUGCUGGGAGCCCAGGCGAGCAAGGAGACCAAGGUGCCAAGGGGGAUGCUGGCCGCCCAGGACGCAGGGGCCCCCCAGGAGACCCCGGAGACAAAGGAAGCAAGGGUUACCAAGGCAACAAUGGAGCCCCUGGAAGUCCUGGUGUGAAAGGAGCCAAGGGCGGACCUGGGCCCCGAGGACCCAAAGGCGAACCUGGGCGCAGGGGAGACCCUGGAACCAAGGGCGGCCCAGGCGGAGAUGGCCCCAAGGGGGAGAAGGGGGACCCUGGCCCUGAGGGGCCCCGUGGCCUGGCUGGAGAGGUCGGCAGCAAAGGAGCCAAGGGAGACCGAGGGGUACCUGGACCCAGAGGCCCCCAGGGGGCUCUUGGGGAGCCUGGGAAACAGGGAUCUCGGGGAGACCCCGGUGACUCCGGCCCCCGAGGAGACUCAGGACAGCCAGGCCCCAAGGGAGACCCUGGCAGGCCUGGAUUCAGCUACCCUGGACCCCGAGGGACACCCGGAGAGAAAGGCGAGCCUGGCCCACCCGGCCCAGAGGGAGGCCGAGGAGACUUUGGCAUGAAAGGAAGACCUGGGAGAAAAGGCGAAAAGGGGGAACCCGCUGACCCUGGUCCCCCGGGAGAACCGGGCCCUCGGGGGCCAAGAGGAGACCCAGGACCCGAGGGUGAGCCUGGUCCCCCCGGAGACCCCGGCCUCACGGAGUGCGACGUGAUGACCUACGUCAGGGAGACCUGCGGGUGCUGUGACUGCGAGAAGCGCUGUGGUGCCCUGGAUGUGGUCUUCGUCAUCGACAGCUCCGAGAGCAUCGGCUAUACGAACUUCACCCUGGAGAAGAACUUCGUCAUCAACGUGGUCAACAGGCUGGGGGCCAUUGCCAAGGACCCCAAGUCAGAGACAGGGACACGUGUGGGCGUGGUGCAGUACAGCCAUGAGGGCACCUUCGAGGCCAUCCAGCUGGACGACGAGCGCAUCGACUCCCUGUCCAGCUUCAAGGAGGCUGUCAAGAACCUGGAGUGGAUCGCGGGCGGCACCUGGACACCCUCUGCCCUCAAGUUCGCCUACAAUCAGCUCAUCAAGGAGAGCCGGCGCCAGAAGACACGCGUGUUUGCUGUGGUCAUCACGGAUGGGCGCCACGACCCACGUGACGAUGACCUCAACCUGCGGGCGCUGUGUGACCGCGAUGUCACGGUGACAGCCAUUGGGAUUGGUGACAUGUUCCACGAGAGGCAUGAGAGCGAGAACCUCUACUCCAUCGCCUGUGACAAGCCACAGCAGGUGCGCAAUAUGACCCUCUUCUCUGACCUGGUGGCCGAGAAAUUCAUCGACGACAUGGAGGAUGUGCUGUGCCCAGACCCUCAGAUUGUGUGCCCAGAGCUUCCCUGCCAAACAGAUGGACCAAGGCCUGGCAGCGAGCCCCCGGUCACCUUCCUCCGCACGGAAGAGGGUCCGGACCCUACCUUCCCCAGGACCAUCCCCCUGAUCCAGCAGUUGCUAAACGCCACGGAGUUCACGCAGAACCCAGCCGCAUACUCCCAGCUGGUGGCCGUGAUGGUCUACACCGCCGAGCGGGCCAAGUUUGCCACGGGGGUUGAGCGGCAGGACUGGAUGCAGCUGUUCAUUGAUACCUUUAAGCUGGUGCACAAGGACAUCACAGGGGACCCUGAGACCGCACUGGCACUGUGCUGAGGCCAUGGGGCUGCUGUGCAGAGCUUAUAGCUUGUAGCUUUCCAGGGCUGCCCCAUAACCAGGGCCUGGUGCGCAGGAAUCCACCUUCCCACCAUCUGGAGGCCCCUGGUCCCCAUUUGGAGCCCUUAGGGCCAUGCCCCCCUUCCCCCAGGUGAGCUGAGACAUGGACACCUGAGCCAGAGGAACAACACUUCCCGGGCUCCCAGCCUUUCCCCUCAUGUGCCAGGUGACUUCCUGCUGUGGGGUACAGGCAAAAGAAGGGCUCCCACUGAGGGAAGGCAGAGCUGAGGAUCCCGUCUCCCACCUGCUGUGUGCCUCCGUCGCCUCCCUGAACCAGCGCCCCACUGCAUGUCCACCUCUGUGUCUGUGGGAUAACUUGCUAGAUGUGCUAGACAAGGUCCAUCAGCAGUUGGCAUCAAAAUAAGCUACGUCAUGAAGAAGCUCAAGCGAAGUGCCCAAUGGGCCCUCUCUCCCUGGGGCGGGGUUGUCCUUAGGCACAGUGAGCAAAGGCUGGAAGUUUUAUAAAAGCUGAAAUGUAUAAAGUGAACGCACUGCUGUGAUCAAGUGAGCUUCUGGAAGGCUGCACUUCGGGGCCCUCAAGCUGAGGGAACGCUGAACAUCCUCGUGGUACUGCUGGGGUUAGGACACUUUUCCCCACGGGUUCCCCGGGAGUCUAUCUGUCCCUGCGUGCAGAUAUUUGAGUCCCAGUCCAUGGUGUCUGAAGCCAUGUGUAGGCAGGGCCCGGCCUCUGCCCUGGCUGCAGGCACACUCUGUCCCUGUUGGCCAGCCUGGUGACCGUCCACAUAGGGAGUGGUCUUCUGGUUAUGAUGCAUCUCAGCGGGGCCCAUGCCAGCCGCUCAGUGUCUGGCCACACUGUGCUUGCGCAUGGGAAAGCCACACCAAGUGGGAAGGACACAGCCGUCAUUGUGGGAGCGACAUGGCCCUGCCAGCUGCAGGGAGAGACCAGGCCAGGGGUCUUUGAGAGCUCCCCCACCAAAGGUGGUCCUUGUGCAGAUGGCUCUGGAUGAGGAGGGCCUGGAGGUGGCCACCUGGCUGGGAGGCCCCCACCCAGGUCCCCAGCCUGAGUCUGGGAGCGGUCCUGGCGGGAGGACUAUAGGGGAGGCUGGGCAGGCCCAGAGGACCAGGACACAUCCCAGUGCAGCCUGGUCAAGGCCCCCAGGCCCCCAGGUCUGGCACCCGCCCACCUCGCGUCUCC